ACCCUCUCCCAUGCCUCUGCAGGGCACUCGGGGCACGGUGGUUCCUGGCUCUGUUGAAGAUGGUUCCGGCCCUGGGCGGGAGCCCAGCAGGCCAGCUGGGUGGUUCUCACGGCACAGCAACGGACCACAGCUGCAGCCUCGCCGGUGCCUUCUGUAACGUCUUGCUUCGUGUGCAGCUCAGAGACCUGAUUUUAACAUCCACUGUUCUCCCUUGUCCCGUCCGUGUUAGGGGCAAACCUGUCUGGCUUUGCACCUGUUCUCUCCGUGCUGGCGUGAGCCCCUGCUCUGCAGGGGGCUGCGCUCCGUCCGGCCCUUGGGUUGCACUGUGCGGUGGCGCCAUCCGUCUCUCCAUAAGCCCAGGGCUCAGAGCCCGCAGUGGCCAGGAGCGUCCUCUCUCUUCCGGACACAUGUUCAGCGAGGGGCGACUUUGGUCUCUGCGGGGCCUGAGGCAAAAGGUCCAGGAUGAGCUCUCUCUGCUGCGCUUCGGUUUUUCUCUCUUCCUCUCCCCUCACGUCUUUCCUCCUCCUCUCCGGUCUCCUGCUCACCCCUGGUCUCCUCCAUUCCCUUUAGCAGCAGGUGCCUGGGGAGCCCUGGGGGGCUGGAGGGGGACGUGGUGGCUGUCUCAAAGCCCAGGACUCGGGCUCUCACGCCUGUCUCCCUGGUUCUUCCUUCCCAACGAACGCGGUUUUGCUGAGCGUGUGGUGGUUUGCUUGCAGCUCUGGUCCCGUUACCGCUGCAGGCUACGGGGUGAUUUCGGUGGAUCAGCGACCGUACACGGAGCCUCCCGGCCAGCCGAGCUGUGACCUCCUGCACCCCCUUCCUGCCCGCCGUGGUCCUUGUGUUUCAGCUCCUCUCUUUGGUCUUUUUAUGUUUCUGUUUUUCCCGCUUGCAUUGCACGUGACAUGGACUAGGGAAUCCCAUAACUCAGACCCAGGGAGCCGCCCAUCCUCCGAGGGUAAAGCCUUCAGGGUCCUUAGAAGACGCCGUGUGCCUCGUGGGAGGUGAUGGUGUGGGAGUGGGGUGUGGAGUGUGUGGGAAUGUGGCGUGAUCAUGAGUGGGGGUUAGGAACUCUUCCCCGAGGGCGGGGCUGAGGCUUCGCAGCCAAGGCUGUGUGACCCGAGCACCGGCGGGAGGCCAGCGCUGUGGAGCCGCCUGGCCCCUAGGGGGAGCGACACCCGAGAAGGUUAUUUUUGGAGUCAGCCUGGCAGCUCCCGUGCUGGCAGGAGCCCUGUGUGGAGGUUGUCACGAGGCGAGGAAGGUGAGGAGAGCGAGGAAGGCCUCCCCUGGCCCGGGAGAGGGGACCACAGAGGAGGAAAGAAUCCCAGGCCCCAGGUCAGACCCUGACAGCCCGAGGGGAGGCGGGGCCUGGGCUGCAGGGGGCGGGGACGCGAGUCAGGUCUCCCAGGAGGAGAUGGCGAGGCUGAAUCCUGGAACCUACAGUGUAAUCUCCUAUAUUUUGUCUUCGCUGCGUGUUAGACCGUCCAGAAUAUAUUGCAUGACCCGGGCACUGGGGCUGUUGCCUACUUAGGACCAGGUCCGCCAAGCACCUGUUCAGUGUUUUCCUGUCUCUUUAGAAAACACUGCGGUUAAGACGCGCAGGCCUGACAGCAGCCCCGGGCAGGGACUCCCCGCCUCCGUGGUCAGAUUUCCCUGGGCAAAGGAGAGGCCAGGUCCCUCUCCCUGUGGCCGUUUAGGUCUGAAGCGAGCUGCCUCCAGCUGCGACAGCGUGAAGGAGCAACGUCUGUGAAAUGGCGCGUUUCUGUCCACUCCACGGAUGGGGAAACCGGGGUGCAGCUGGCGCUACUUAGCGGUGAAUCAGGGGUGCAGGCAGCCUGACCCUGGGCUGAGCCCCACAGAGCCAUCUGCCCCCAGGAGUGGACUUGAACCUGGCCACAGACGAGGGCUACACUGACAUUCGGGAGAACACCCGAGGCCCCGGUGCGGCCUCUCACCCCCAGCAGGUCCUGAACCUGCUCGAAGCUGUGCGUGGCCCCCGAGACGUGGUUCCGGCAGCCAGGGUGCCCCCGGGCCUGCUCUGGGGGCACAUGCUGGGUGGGAAUCCUGUCUGGUUGUCGGUGCUGACAACCUCGUGUUUCAGGGGAUAAACUGAUCCCACCAAACACAAAGGUUUGCGCUCAGAGACUCACCCUGUGGGGAGGGCUGUGCUGGGCUGUCCGUGCCUGUCCUGUGGGCAGUCCUGUCCACCCCAGGACCCUCCGUGCUCGGCAGGCCGAGGGUCAGAGCUGGACGGAUCUGAUUCCAGGAGGGGCCCCGGGAGCUUUAAAGAUCGGCACUGGCCAUGCUCCGUUUCGAGCAUUCCUUUCUUGCUAGCUUGGUUUGUCUGUUCCUUCAGGCAAAUGUCACCAUUUGUUACUUUUCCUGUUGAAACGGGCAGGCCGCGGCAGGUGCGUCCCCAGGUCUGGGAGCAGAGACUCCUCCGAAGAUGGUGCCACGGUGCGCGGUGGUGUGGGCUGGCGUCCCCGGCUCCCGGGGGGAGGCUGGCGUCUCAGCUCAGACACGAGCUGUUUCUGGGACGAGGAGCCAGCCCUGGCUGCCGGGGUAACCAAGCAGCAGACACCCCCAUGAAACAGGUGCAGAGAGGUGGGAGAGGCGGCGCCGGCACUGGAGUGGUGUUUCCAGGGCCGCCCCCGCACGGGCGCAGUGUGGAGUUUCUGGAGCUGCGGGCCGUGCAGCAAGCGAGGGGCGCGGCGUGGAGGCUCCCUCGGCGUGAGGUCCCGGCGCGGUUCUUCCGGGCCUUUGCACGGACGCUGUUUUAAAGCGCCCACCAGGGAAAGUGUCUGGACUGAAAUCUGCAUCGCCCUGUGACGCCGCCUGCAGAGAGGCCGCGCCUGGGCGCACACCGUCCCGAGAGGUGCAGCCGCUGGGAGAAGCCGCUGGGGUUGGGAGCAGCUGCCAGGCUCCCCUUCAGCACCAGGCUGCUCCCUGGGACAGAGGCUCAGCCUCAGACGGAGCUGAGUGUGGCACCUGUCUGUCACCGAGGUGACGUCUCGGAGAGAAGCAGCAUGGACAAGGUGUGCUCGGUCCCGUGGGCACCUGCCGCGGCCGAGACCCGGGACGCAGGCCUGGCUUCUGCUCAGCCAUGAGCUGCUCUCCCGAGCAGGUGGGAAUAGAAGCAGAAGGUUCUAGACAGCAUUGGCUGGGUGGCAGUCUGGAUUCAGGACGCGAGGGCCCAGCCGCCUGCCUCUCGGUGUUGCACCUGCCGCUGGGGGCCCGGCCCUGCUGUGGAGCACGGGUGCAGCACUUGUCUCCCCUCCUCCUCUUUGCUUCCCCCACGGAGCCCCUCCCCGUCCUGUUAAUGGUCAUGGGUUGAGGGGUCCUCAGCCUCCACCUUAAAUAAGUUCCCUGUGGACCGUGUGCCUGGAGCUCCUGACUCUUGAGUUUGUGCCCUGGUUCUCUUUCUGGUCCUGACCUCCUGGGGCCCAGGGGUGCGUGUGCACGUGGCCACGUGUACAUGUGUGCGUGGACAGGCACGUGUACAUGUGUGCACAUGUGUGAGACUAGCUGGGGCCCAGGGGUGCGUGUGCACGUGGCCACGUGUACCUGUGUGCGUGGAUGGGCACGUGUGCACGUGUGUGAGACUAGCUGGGGCCCAGGGGUGCGUGUGCACGUGGCCUCGUGUACCUGUGUGCGUGGAUGGGCACGUGUGCACGUGUGUGAGACUAGCUGGGGCCCAGGGGUACGUGUGCACGUGGCCACGUGUACCUGUGUGCGUGGACGGGCACGUGUGCACGUGUGUGAGACUAGCUGACUCCCGGCUGCCAGCCCUCCCCCCAUGCCUGUCUGUUCCAACCCCACUACCCCAGUAACGGCUGUGAGAGCUAAGCCCCUCCCCAGGUCCAGUCCUAAUUGAAUGCUACCUCAUUAGCAAGGCCAGAUGCUCUCUCUGCACCGCGGCUUCCCAGCCUGGAAGGUGAAGGAGGUGGAGUGAGGCCCCCGAGCGUCUGACCCCCGGUGCUGAGACAGCAGCCGGGUUGCACGGAGUAAGUCGUCCGCACGCGGGAUUCGCACGGGGAGCACGCUGCAGUGGUGGGCCUCUGUGCGCAGGCACGGGGACCCUGUGACGUCACAGCUGUGGCUGUGCCCCACUGAACUGCUCCUGAAUUAAAUGGCUGGAACCUUCUGUGUUUGCCUUUCAGCACAGAAAUCCAGAGGUUAAUGAGCCACAUCCACGCAAAUAGAAAUGGAUUUGUACAACCCAAGUAACCGGGGAGCUCUCUUAAUAGAAAAAUAAACACAGUGCAGCUGGAUGGAGUCCGGCAGGAUUUAGAAUUUUUUAAUGAAUUGUUUUUCCUCCCGACUGCCGUGCCCUCUCUGUUAGCUUUGUACAAAGUCCCGGCCUCCGCCCCUUCACGGGGGAUGAGCCAGCAGCCCCUGUGCACCAAACGGUGGCGUUCUCUGCUGUCAAUCGCCUGAGCACGCGCGUUUUCUGUGUGGUCCACAGCCUCCUCUUUCUCACCUGCAGUGUGGGCACCGUGACCUUGUGGUCAGACCCAGUGGGGAGAGGGGGGCCGUGCUCGUGCCGUGGCCGCUGGCACACAGUAGGGACUCAACAAAUGGCCACAGCCACCGCAGACUUGCUGUCUGUGUAGCCAUCUCCACACACUCCACGCAGCGUGGACACACACAGGCCCCUAGGCCACUUGCUGCCCCCUGUGUGGUUGCUGUGCUGGCUCGGGGCCGGGUGCGGGCAGGUGCCGCCUUCCCACGUGCCCAAGGCUGUUCUCUGUUCCUCCCCGUGUACCUGCGGAUCCUGUCCUCCCUGUCCUUCGCCCACGCGCCCCUGGGGAGGGACGCUAGUGUACUGGCGGGCCCGGCACCAGCACCAGCACCAGUGGCAGUUAAUCCAGCAGUCAUGCCUGCCUGCCUAUAGGAGGAGACGCUCGGACACAGGGCUCAUGUUGAAGGGAGAGCUCAGCUUGGGGGAAGAGUGCCUACUGUGUGCUGUAGAGACACAGGCGCAGGUGCUUAGCUUGGAGGGAGAGUCCCCACUGCGUGCCUAUAGGAGAGACCUGGGCGCUCAGCCUGGAGGAGGCAGCGCCUCACGAACAGGUCCUUGCCUUGUAGAUACUGCAGACAACGGAUGAGUGGGGCGGAGCCUGGUCCAGCUCUGAGUCCAGGCAGGCUUCAAGGAAGCGGUGACGUCUCCAUGAGCACAGGAGUGGGCGGGGAUUGGGGAGAAUAUCAGGGGGCCCCGGCAGCGGGAGCGUGAGACUCAGGUGAGGCUGAGGCUUGGUCUCAUGGGGCAGGGGUACCAGGCUGUGCGAGCUCCGUGCUGGGGGCAUCGGGAGGUCUCUCGCUGAGCUUGGAAUUCAGAGUUCAUUCCAGCCCCCUGACCCGCACACCUCCGAGGCAUGCUGGGAGGCACCAAGUGAGGGGGCUGACCUGAGCCAGCACUCCGGGGGCUGCGUGAGGCCCCACUGUGCUCCCUCCAGCGCCCCUGCCCGUUCUGAGCUCGGGGACAAGUCUGGGUCCUGGCCAGGAGCCCUAGAAGCCGCCCUCUCCUCCCCUGGCCGCUCCCUGUCUCCGCGUGGGGCUGCUCAGCCUGCUGCGAUUCUCCCUGCACUGGGGGUCUGGGAGGCCGUCAGUGCCGCCCUUGAGGGACUCUCGUUAGCCCUCGCCCUGAGCUUGUCAAUGUGAGGUCCUCGAGGCGUGAAACCUCUUAGCUCCGCCCCAGCCGUGCUUGCCCCCGGACGGUGUCUCGUGGCGGCGUCACAUGAUGAGGACUGCGGCUGCAGAGAGCAUCGAGUGUGGACGGAAGGACAGUUUGGCCCUGGCUCCGGCCACUUUCCGGCUCCCACUGUCUGAGUCUCGGUUUUCUCGCUCUGCUGAUUGGUGAACACUCACGUGCUGCUGUCCGGAGGGACUCCGCACAAACACUGCUGCUCCACGCUGCAGGAUCUGAACUCCCGUCCUGCCGCAGCCCAGGGGAACUGUGGCCCUGUGGUCCCUGCAGGCAGGGCCCGCGGAUCUAUCCAUCAUCCCUCCUCCCCGAUGGCUUGUGGGGAGAAAUUGAGGUGGCGUCUUUCUACACUGUCCUGAGAGGCCGAGGGAGAGGUGUGAUGGAUUGUGGCGGAGGUGCAUCUGCCCAGCCACGGCAUUCGCUGGGCCACAGAAUCUUCCCAACCACGGCAUCCACCCGGCCACGGCAUCUGCCCAGCCACGGCAUCCGCCUGGCCAUGGCAUCCACUGGGCCACGGCAUUUGCUGGGCCACGGCAUCUGCCCAGCCACGGCAUCCGCCCAGCCACGGCAUCUACCAGGCCACAGCAUCUGCUGGGCCACGACAUUUGCUGGGCCACGGCAUCUUCCUGGCCAUGGCAUUUUUCCCAGCCACAGCAUCCGCUGGGCCACAGCAUGUGCUGGGCCACAGCAUGUGCUGGGCCACAGAAUCUUCCCGGCCACAGCAUCCACUCAGCCACAGCAUCCACCUGGCCAUGGCUUCCACUGGGCCACGGCAUCUUCCCAGCCACGGCGUCUGCACUGGGGUCCAUGAGGUGCUAGCUGAGCUCCCUCACAGCCAUCCCCUGCCUGCCCCAACCCGCAGUGACAUCCCCCAGCCGUGCACCCCCACGCUUAUCCUGCCACGCUUCCCGCAGCCUCGCUAUGGGCUGGGCCCUGGCCAUCGAAGUGGAAGUGUCCUCUGGUGCUUCGCUGGUCCUCGGGCUCCACUGUUGGCCCUGGUGCCCUGAUGGGGGGACGCUGGCUUCCCCGCACGUGCAGCACAGCUGGAAAACGGGGUGUCCACUGAUGACAGGAAGAUUGCUGAGUCAGCGGGUCCUUACGUGGACCGCCGACUCAUUCCUAAGGAAGCAUGGUUUCUCAGACAGCCACACGGCUAAUAGAGUCAUCCAGGAACUGACGAUUCAAGCGCAUUAGGUACAUUGAGACCAAUGAGACAAUCUGGGCACAGGUUUUCAGAGUUCUGGGAGUAAGGGAAUAUGGGCCACGCAUCACCUCCUCGCGUGCCUGCCACCCUGCCCCUCCCACGUGUUUCUGAGUCAAGAGAACAAAACCGCGUGUGACGCGAGCUCUUGGACCCCAGCAGCCUGGCGCUGCCUCGCUGUGGGCCUCCGUGUUAGCUCCUGUCCCUGCCAGUGGGGGCUAUCUGUGGACUCAGGGGCCCAGCCCCCAUAUCAGAGGGCUCCCUGGGAGUACACGCAUGUGUGUCAGUGUCAGAGGGCUCCCUGGGAGUACACGCAUGUGUGUCAGUGUCAGAGGGCUCCCUGGGAGUGCACGCAUGUGUGUCAGUGUCAGAGGGCUCCCUGGGAGUGCACGCAUGUGUGUCAGUGUCAGAGGGCUCCCUGGGAGUGCACGCAUGUGUGUCAGUGUCAGAGGUGUUCCCUGGGAGUGCACGCAUGUGUGUCAGUGUCAGAGAGCUCCCUGGGAGUGCACGCAUGUGUGUCACUGUCAGCGGGCUCCCUGGGAGUACACACAUGUGUGUCAGUGUCAUAGGUGUUCCCUGGGAGUGCACGCAUGUGUGUCAGUGUCAGAGGCCUCCCUGGGAGUGCACACAUGUGUGUCAGUGUCAGAGGUGUUCUCUAGGAAUACACGUGUGUCACUGUCAGCGUGUUCUCUAUGAGUACGCACGCAUCAGUGUGUCAGGUGUUCCCUAGGAGGACAUGCAUGUCAGUGUCAGUCAGAGGUGUUCCCUAGGAGUACACAUGUGUCAAUAUCAGCCAUGUUCCCUAGGAGUACACGCGUUUCAGCGUCAGCAUGUUCCCUAGCAGUACACACGUGUCAGUAUCAGCCAUGUUCCCUAGGAGUACACGCGUGUCAGUGUCAUAGGUGUUCCCUAGGAGUACACUUGUAUCACUGUUAGCGUGUUCCCUAGUACACAUGUGUCAGUAUCAGCCAUGUUCCCUAGGAGUACACGUGUGUCAGCAUCAGCGUGUUCCCUAGUACACAUGUGUCAGUAUCAGCCAUGUUCCCUAGGAGUACACGCAUGUCAGCAUCAGCAUGUUCCCUAGUGCACAUGUGUAUCAGCCAUGUUCUCUAGGAGUACACGCGUGUCAGCGUCAGCGUGUUCCCUAGCAGUACACACGUGUCAGUAUCAGCCAUGUUCCCUAGAAGUACACGCGUGUCAGCGUGUCCCCUAGCAGUACACACGUGUCAGUAUCAGCCAUGUUCCCUAGGAGUACACGCGUGUCAGUGUCAGCGUGUUCCCUAGCAGUACGCACGGGUCUGCCUCGGUGUCAGAGGUGUUCUGGGAGCACACACGUGUCCGUCGGCGCCAGCCGUGUUCCCUGGGAGCACAGGGGUGUCAGCAGCCUUGCAACCGUGAUGCCUGUUCUGGCGCAGGAUCUGCUUCCUUGAAGUUUUCUGCCUGAGCUGACUACAGAGCCUCUCCUUGGCCGGCCUCCUCCAGGCUGCACCCGUGUUGGGCCCUGUACCCUGGGGCUGCAGGUGCGGCUGACCUGCCUCGCAGCGGUCAACUGGGGGGUAGGGGGGAGGGGCCCAGCCCCCAGCGGGGGUCCGUGGAGGGGCGCGCCUGCCUGAUCCCAGCACGGUCAUCCUCGGCCAGAGCACGACUCUUUCAAACGAGAGGCUUCCUGUUUCCCACAGUGACUUCCUGAGUGCGUUGCGUGGCUUUCUAUUUUAGACGUGCUCUAUUAUUGACCCGGACAACCAUAAAGGCUCGCCUCGGUGAGGAACUCGGCGCUUCCUGUUUGCCAGCUGGGCAGGGGUCUGAGAGCGCCGUCUCCAUUGUGCAGUGCCGUCUCCAUCCGUGUCGGGGGAAGGGCCAGCAGGCCUCGCGGAGCCCCUCUCCCCGGCACGCGGCUCUCCUUGCUGCCCGGCUCUGCAGGGCAUCUCACCAAGGACAGAAGCGCUGGGGGCUCCUGAUCCGCACUUGUCCGAUGGUGACGCCAGGCUGAGCACCCUGCGUCUGGGUGACGCGCCCAGCUGCUGGUCAGGAGAGGGUGAACGCCUCCAGUCCUGGGGCAGGCCAAGCUUAGCAUCUGCAAACUCCGCUCCUGUGUUGCCUCCUGAGUCUGUGGCGGGUGCCAUCGGGGCAGGGCAGGUGCUCUGCGGGGGUCAUCUGCAGGCCCAGCAGAGGGGAGGCAGAGCCUGGGCAUCACCCUCCAGGGUCCUGUCCACACAGCCAUGGGCUCCCCCUGCUGUGGCUGCAGCUGAGGCCCUGCACAGCAGAGUCCCCAUUCUGCCACCUGCCCCCUUGGACCCCAAGAGGGCAUCUUCAGAGGCUGUGUGCAUGUGGGGGGAUGGGGGGUGGGGGGGGUGAGAAGGACAGGGCAGAGCGGGUGCCGUUCUUCACAUGCACACACGUGACCAGGCGCACUGUGAUGCAGGGGCAGGGUGUGACUGUGGAGCAAGGGUGCCAUCUAGUCGGGGGUCGGGGGAGGGCAUGGGGAGGAGGAGGGCAGUGCUGGCAAGUGUCUUGACCCAGAGUCCCCUUUCCCUCUAGUUCAUCAAAGGGGAAGUUUUAAAGCCGUGGAAAGGGGAACUUGCUUCUCCUAAGGGAAACACAGCGCAGGGGGGUUCUGGAAGCUGCCUCUGCCCUCUGCCUCUCACAGCUGGCCCAGGAGGCGACCGUCAUGGCCCCAGCCCGCAGGGGCGGCACGGUGUCCUGAGGCUGCUUGUGCCUCGUCGCUGCCUGCUGCCAGCGCUGGCUGUGACCCGCACGCUGGGGCCUGCGGUGCUGCCAGGAGUAACCCCAAUGCCCUCGAUACCACGCUGUCCCUGGAGCUCUUCACCUCCCUGCCUUGCAUGGAGCAGGCGUCCGAUGCCUGCGCGCUUACAGCUCCAACCCAGGUUAGAGUAGAAGCAGGCAAAAUCCGCAGGUGAAUGCGGCCAAGCAAAGUGCAGCAGGAGGCAGAGGCUCUGGGAUCUGCGUCAUCGGCGGUUUCAUCAUUGCGAGGACCCCAUAGACAGCACGUCCGCCAGUGUCACACAUCACGCGUGAUCAGACCCUGCGAGACCCCGUGCUUAUGUGCAACUCCAGAGGACCCAGAGUCUUCACACGCCACGGGACUGUGCUUCCUGUCGGAGGCAGUCCAGGAAAGCAAACCCGCUGGCCUCGGCGGCCCUGCCUGGCCUGGCCUGCCGCGGGCAGCUUCUCCGCAGCCGGCUUCCCCCGCUGGCGUCUCCGCGGCCCUCAGAGCUGAGCAAGGCCGGCAGAGGGCAGCCGGGCAGAGGGGCAGUGCCAUGUGCUUUGUCAGCCUGUAUUUAAACUGAAGACUUAAUGAGCGACCCUGCACAAUUUUAAUUCGGGUUUUUAAUUAACAGGGCUGAAAUGAGGAGAUGGCACUUCUCAUGUUCAGCACGUUCGACUUGUUUUCUUCCCGGCUCAUUAGCGCUGCAUUUUGGACAUCUGUCCACUCCGUGUAUUCAGCCGGCGACUCGGGUCAGCAUGUAGGAGCCACACGAGGCCGCUGAUGAGUGGGAGGGCCGUGUCUUUGCCCGCUCUCUGCGGGGUGAGGGAGGGGAGACGAUGGGCCACGUGGACCCCCCCCCCCGCCCUGCUCAGGCCCCGGAGGACAGAGUCGCUGGGAAGGGUGUGCAGUGUUGGGGAAGGGCGUGUGUGCCAAGUGUGGGUCCAGGCGUGUGCUCCCCUCUGCCAGGGGCUGUCAGACAUUACAGUGGCACGUGUGCUGCCCUGGGCACACGGGGAAACGGCUCGUGAGCCCAGGGUCUCCUGAGUGACGGCUCGUGAGCCCAGGACCUCCUGAGUGAUGGCUCGUGAGCCCAGGGCCUCCUGAGUGACGGCUCGUGAGCCCAGGGUCUCCUGAGUGACGGCUCGUGAGCCCAGGACCUCCUGAGUGACGUUUGCCCUGAAACUUCCCAUCUCUGCCCUAAGAGUGCAUGGUGCUGAGCCACGCCCAGGAUCCCAGGGGUCAGGGGUGUGUCCACCCCUCCCCAAGGACAAACUCCAGCACCCAGCUGAUGCUCCAGCAUCUCCAGGGACGGUGUCGAGGGACAGGGACGGUUUUGGGACAAGCAUUUGACGCAGUGGUUUAGACUCUGCUUGGAACUCUGCAUCCCGUCUCAGAGUGUCUGGGCUCCGGUCCUGGCUCCGCCUCUGACUCCAGCUUCCUGCUGAUGUGCACCCUGGGAGGCGGCAGUGAUGGCUGGAGUCCUCGGGUCCCUGCCACCCCCAUGGGAGACCAGAGUUGAGUUCUCAGCCUCUCGCUUUACCCUGGCCCGGCUCAGUGCAUUGUAGGUAUUUAGGGAGUGAACUAGUGGAUGGGAGACCUUGGUCUCUCCAUCUAGCUCUGUUUCUUUGCUACUAUGCCUUUCAAAUAAAUAAAAAUAAAUAUUUUUUUAAAUUGCCAACUUCAAAGCCACAAGCCCCUGGAGCUGCACAGGGCGACGCCGAGCUUGCAUUGGGCUGGUUCUGCGGCUGCUCGUGGCGUCCUCCCCUGCCUGCGGGUGGUUCUGCCGGGGUCUGUCUCCGCACACCGUGUUGAGUAGAUUGGCCUCUGCGCUGGACUCUCUCCACUGUGUCUGUUCCAGGCUCUGUAAGGUUUAUCUUAGCAAGUCGGCGAGGCUGGUCCAGUCAUGGCCUGCCCUCCAAGCAGCUCUCCCAGCCCAAGGAUCCGAGCCAGGCCUGACUUGGCAUCGCUCUGUGUGUCUCCAGCCACAGGGGGCACCCUGGCCUGCGCAGGGUUGGGGCGGUGGGUGUGCCCACCUGCAGUGGUGUUCCCGCUCCCAUGGAGUGGCUCUGAGGACCCUGUGAGUGCACAGCCCAGGCCCUGCGCCCCCACCCCCUCCGCUCGCUGGAGCACCUGGCCCCGCGGGCAGGAGAAGCUCAGAGAGCUCUGGUCUUCACAAAGGCCCUUUGUCCCCUGUACUGUUGGCGCUGCUCGGUGCAGAUGGCGGCAUCCACCCUGUUGCCCUGCCUCUGGGUGCACGCACUGCACGGAGCGUGGCGCCGACACCCCCGUGUGUCUUAGGACAGUGCUGUCCUGUUUCCCUGGAGGUCGCGUUUCUUCCUGGCUGGUGUGUGUGCCCAACAGCGCCCCCUGUAGGCGUUCUACCUGGAGUCUCGGCUGUAACAGUGACGACUGUGCGCUGCCCGACUUCCUCCCUCCCUUCUUGAAAACUCGCGCCUGGACCACGGACGGCGAGAACUCGCUGGUUAUGACCCCAGUAUCUGCUCCUCCCUCUCCCUUCCGGGAGGCCAGUUUCCUUCAGGUCCACCCCCUCUCUGAGCCCGGGAAUGUCCGGCAUGGAGGUGGGGGCAGGGCUGGUCACUCACACCCACUGCUGCCCAGGAGCCCAGAUGGAUCUGAGGAGCACGUGGCUGGGCUGCAGGCGCACAGGAGACCUGAACCAGCCACGGCGCCACGGCGGAGCUCCCCCGUGGUUCGCGAGUGCCUGGUGCUCGUGUGCUGUGAUGUUGAUCGGGUGACGGAUGCAUCACGGGAUGGAAAGUUCCUGGCGGAGCAGCCGUGUAGGGCUCCGUGGGGUGAGCUCCCACUCUGCAGCUAGGGUGCGUGGGGAAGGCUGCACCCGCGGCCCCCGGGGCACCGUCAGGAGAGGCAGGUUCAGCUGAUGUCGCCGCUGCAGAGGACGAGGCUGGAAGACCCGCGGCCUUCGUCACGAGUUCGUCCUGCUGGCCGACCGUCUCAGUCUCUUGGGGGCUCUCGGAGCCCAAGUGCUGGGAGGAGUGGACUGGGAGGGCAAAGGUGUCGCUGCCGCGAGAACCCAGAGGGCAGAACACGGGGACCCCGGGCAGGGCCGUCCGCACAGGUUCUCCCCCAAGAUAGCUCGUGUGCAUCGUCUUGGGAACACAGCCGCCGAGGUCCAGGCGACGAAGCUGCGCAGGUUCUCUCGGCAGACACACAGAUGCCACAAAACACAGACGGAGGGGGGCCGCUCUGCUGAUGGCCCACAGCUCCGUCCCCCAGAUUAGACGCACUUCUCAGGAUCCUUGUGGCCCCGUGGGAGACCACACAGGGGCGUGGCCACCUGUGUCCACUCGGGGCCCUGCCAGCAAGGUCACCAUCACGGAGGCUCCCCCACUCCUGGACUAGACCAUCCAGAAGGAACCUCUUGUUUCGUAAAGUUAGACGGCCCCAGGCAUUUCAUUCUAGUAGCAACGGGCUGGCCAGUGGAGCUGGGGGCGGUGAGGGUGACAUGAAGGCCAAGGGUCAGGCUGGCCCACACGCAUGCACCUCAUACCAGCCAGCUGCUCUCUGCUUUCACUCGAAGGGCAGUGGGAGCUGCGUAGGAGGGCAGGCGGCUUAUUUCAGUGCAGAACUGCGGCCCCCUUGGGCUGGGCUGGUGGCAGAACCUGUGUGGAGGGGGAGGCAUGGCGAGCCAGGGAGCACACAUUCUCUUCUUAUGCAACCAGCCCUUGUGCAAGAUCUGCUGUUCCGUGGCUCGGCCCCGGUGGCCUGAGACCUCCCACCAGAUGCCAUCGUGAGACCAAGACUCCACCCUAGUCCAUCAACCACUGACAGCAGCUUUGGACAUAAGACUUUGGGGUUUGCUUAUUUUUAAGGUCGGUCGGUCUGCCUAUCUAUCUAUCUAUCUAUCCAUCCAUCCAAAAGAGUAAUGGGAGAAAGGGAGGGAGAGGGAGAGAGGGAGAGAGGGAGAGAGGGAGAGAGGGAGAGAGGGAGAGAAGAGGAGAGAGAGAGAGAGAGAGAGAGAGAGAGAGAUCUUCCUCUACUGGUUCAGUCCACAAAUGACUACAACAACCAGGGCCGGGCCAGGUGGAAGCCAGGACCCAAGAACUCUCUCUGGGUGCCUCACGUGCUCACAUGUGCAGCGGGGUCCCAAGCACCUGGGCCAUUUUCCGCUGUCUUCCCAGGCACAUUAGCCGGGAGCUGGAACAGAAGUGGAGCAGCUGGGACUUGACCUGGGGCCCCAGUGUGGGAUGCCGGUGUCACGGUGGCAGCUCAGCCCCUGCUCCACAGCUCCAGCCCCGACGUUGGGGUUUGAGCGGCUGCACGAGUUUGGAGGCCAGAUGCUGUCACAGCACGACACCCCUGAAGUAGGCAGGACAGCCGUGGGCACAUCCGUGCCACCCGUGCGAUGCCACCCUUCAAGUGGACUCAGAGGAGCCCUGGAGGAGGAGUGGAUGCAAGUCCGCCGAGCCCAUGUGGCGCACCUGUCUCCUUAACCGGCACAGUCACCACUAACCGUCCAGUGGGAACACAGCAUCUAAGACCACGGGGUGAGGGCUCCAGCCCGGGCAAGCCUGGUGACGGGUGCACAGCUGACCACUGUCAAAUACGACACCAUUCAAAGAUGUAUUUAUUUAUUUGAAAGGCAGAGAGAUGGAGAGCAAGAGAGAGACUCAGUCGAUCUCCUGGUUGCUGGUUCAUUCCCGACGGCUGAAUGGCAAAGCCAGGAGCUCCAUCCGGGUUUCUCACAUGGGUUGAGGGGCUCGAUGCUUGGGCCACCACUGGCUGCCUUCCCAGGCACGUUAGCUGGAAGCCAGAUUGGCAGUGGAGCAGCCGGACUCAGCCGUGCCUUGGUGUGGGAUGCUGGCGGUCCUAGAGGCGGCGUAGCCCGCUGCGCCGUGUCACCAGUCCUGACUGCAGGCCUCCGGCUCUCUCACUGGUCACAGCUGUGUCUCAGGUUUGCUUACACAAGGCCAUGCAUUGAGAUGAUUGCAUCAUUGGUUAAAAAAUACAAAAACUGCAUCGCUUCCUACACAAUACGAAUAUGUCUCUGUGCUUGCCGACUUGCACAAACAGUAGCAGAUGGUCAUCUGCAAGGCGAGGACAGGGCACUCAGAUGUGCAUACGAAGUCAUUGCGACCAGCAGGGCAGUGCCGAUCUCCAGCCCAGAUCCAGUUCCGACCUGAACUGCAGGCUGCAGCAGCUGAGCGACAGACAGCGCCCUGGCGUUCUCUGGUGGGCGGGGCCGCGUCUGCUUCCGCAGCUGCAGGGUGACGGGUGGGGAGCGGGGGUGUGAUGCGCGUGUCCUGGCAUGCAGGGGGCCUUGCACGGGAGUGCGUGUGUGGUGCGCGUGUCCCGGCACGCAGGGCUCCUUGCAUGGGAGUGCGUGUGUGAUGCGCGUGUCCCGGCACGCAGGGCUCCUUGCAUGGGAGUGCGUGUGUGAUGCGCGUGUCCUGGCAUGCAGGGGGCCUUGCAUGGGAGUGCGUGUGUGAUACGCGUGUCCUGGCACACAGGGGACCUUGCACGGGAGUGUGUGUGUGAUACGCAUGUCCUGGCACGCAGGGCACCUUGCACAGGAGUGUGUGUGCGGUGCGCGUGUCCUGGCACACAGGGGACCUUGCACGGGAGUAUGUGUGUGGUGCGCGUGUCCUGGCACACAGGGGACCUUGCACGGGAGUAUGUGUGUGGUGCACGUGUCCUGGCACACAGGGGGCCUUGCACGGGAGUGCGUGUGUGGUGCGCGUGUCCUGGCACACAGGGGGCCUUGCAUGCACUGCUCCGUGGGCCGUAACUGUAGGUGCUGAAGAAAAGGAAAAUGGCCCAAAGCCUGCAGACUCACCAAGUGCUGAGCUCCCCCCACACCACUGACCUGUCCAGAGCAGACCGGGCCUGCCGUCCUCCCUGUGGUCCUCAGGAGAGGCCUUUGUACCGAGGAUUCUGGAAGUCAGAGUCACCUCCAAUUUCAGCCAGCCAGGAUGGGGAGCUGGGA